UGUUCCCUCACAAAUCAAAUGUACAUGCAUUCACACAUUCAUUCAAAUCAAAAUACACCAGUGAUCUGUCGCCGCAGUAACAGCAACUAUAUAACCAAAAUAGCUGAAGGAAAAAAAAAAGGUGAUGGUCACCUUCUUGUGUCGCUCACUUGACGGCGUUCAAAUUCGUUGGACCUCCACGUUCAGGGCCAGUGAUGGGAGGGUCGCACACAUGGCAUUGAUAGCAAAGGAAAGCCAGAUGGACUUUAGAGAUGUCGUAACCCCUCUUUUGUUUUUCCUAAACAAGGCAGCAGGGAUGCUCGGCAGAAAGCUGCAAGGCGAGCGGGAAAUUUAUGGAGCCGAGAUAAACAUGCGGAUACUACCGCUCUGCAGCCGCCUGGAUCUUGAUACCGAGCCCCGUUUCUAUUUCCUCAGUCACUGCCGAUGCUCCCACCCACCAGCUGAAUCCGACCAGGCACCACGUUGUUCUCCUUCACAGACACACACUCACACAGUGAAAUCCAGUCGCGAGAGGGAUUACUAAAUUGUUUUCACUAGAUUUGGUGAUGUCCUGCCUCUCUAGCACCUAGACUCUCCGAAGGUCCCUCCCACAUACCCCUUUAUUUCGCAUGGUCAGCACUGUUUAACGGAGUAUAUAUUUGUACCAACUUGUUUCGAUGGUUGUAGUUUGGAGUAUGUAAACAUGUACCAUGUGUGGGUCUAGGGUAGUAUUAGAUCAAGAGGUUGAAGUUAAACAAACGUAAUGCACAAACAUGGGGCUUGACACCAAAAAAGAUUGCACGGCCUCAAAGGUUGGCUUCGAAGUAAAACAAAGUUUUUGUUUUUCAGUCCAAAUUUAGGUUUUGACUCUGUGAAGUUCUUUUCAGCCACCUCCCUACUUACCUACCAAUCAAAAGGGAACACAUCCCUCUUCAAUUGCCUUCAGCUUUACAGUCAGUGAAAAGCAGCCUUGCCCUUUAAACCCUGCAGUCCUAGCGACGACGUGAUGGUAUGCAUGGGGGAUGCCAGCAAGCAGCCUCAUUAGGUAGUGAGUACGUUUGUGGAUUUUCGAUGGAGGGGCGACGGAUCACACGGCUCUUUUGAAAUUUUAGGCUGGCGGAAAUCGAAAGUUGCCGUAUCUAAACUUGCCUAGAAGCGAUCAGUCCUGCGGAUAGGACGUGUAACGAUUGUGCAAGAGAUUCGAACAUGACCUGAGGAAGACUGAAAUUGCGAAAUGGUUUUUCCUCCCGUCAAGCACCGACCCCAUCCCACUCUGGUAGUAAUCUUUCUUUUGAGCAUCAGCAAUUACAUAGGCUACGUAGUGGAAGGUAGUUUACUAACAAUGCACGGCUUUCGUGGAGUGGUUUGCAUUUUUUUCAAUGGCUACGGCCGCUCUAAAGGGACCCUUCAGCACUAACAGCUCUAUGUACAGAAUUGGAAUCUUAUGGGCUUCAUCGUACGCAUCACAAUUAGAUCGUGGAAGCUUUUCCUGCAUUGUUCUCUGCUUGGAUCCAGUGUCAGUCCCCACUGGUUGUCGGUUAUCCACUACCACACUGUGCAACACAAGACGAUUGUUGAAUAAUUCAGCAGUGAAUCUGAUUGGUGAGUGUAAGGCUUGAGUUAUUGAUCACACACUGGAAUUUUAGCUGUCAUUGCUGUUUAUGCGUGCCAGAUUGAUAGUGACUAUGAGAAGUUCUCCCAAGAUGGUAGAAUGGAUUUCCCCAAUCGAGGAGAGGCCGGUCGUUUCUCCUGUGACAGUCGCUUACCGAUGAAGAAGCUGGAGCGUAGCAUAAAUCACUUCACUUAUGACCCGUCAAGUCUCUGGUUUUAAGCAGCGUUCCAUGGACGAGGCCAUAGUGCUCUUCGACGAUAUUAUUUUGGGAUACGAGAUUGAGGAGGAGGACGGAGAGAGCAGUACAGAAAACGCCUGGAUAACAUAGGUAGAUUUGCUUCAGCAUUCCAAUGGCGACAACCCUAGAGUCCGUGAGCUGCCACAGAAGUCUAUCACUGGGAAAGCAACCAAUGGCUUGCAGACCAGCAGAAAAUCACAAUUACAACGAGAUCAUUUGAAUCUCAACAAUGAACCUGCAAGGUUAAGCAACUACCACAUUCCAACGCCCUUUUCGUGUGGAGAACUUGCUAUUGAGCGGACAUCAUCCGCUUCGUCUUCUUGGUCUUCACUGGAAACACCUCUCAACGAGGAAUACAGUGAUUACAGUGAAACAGAACAGAGAUUUCUCUCGAUCAACAGGGAUUACGCGGAGUCCUUGACACUUGAAAUGGUUAGAAGAGAAGAAUAUCCCCAAUUGGGCUUGCAGCGGCAAACAUACAUGGACUACGCGAACUUCGCACUCGCCCCUAAGUUUCAGGGGAGCACACGAGAAUCGUAAUGGCAUAGGAACAUGAUCUCGGAGCAAAUUCGAAAAGUCAUCUGUCCAGGCACGUGUCAGAUGUGCACGCCAGUUUGUUAAGAAUGUUCAACACAGCGAAAUCCGCCUACUCCGUCGUGUUUACGACGAGCUUCCGAACUGCGUACCGUUUGGUGGCGAAUGCUUAUCCUUUUCGCAAAGGAAGUCCGCUUCUGGUAUGCCAAGAUAACCACGCAUGUGUUCGACAGCUUAUAAAUUCUGCCGUAAAUUUGGGAGCGCAACCUAUUUUAGCCCCUCUUGGCGAGAACGACCUUUGCAUGACGGAAUCCAACUUGAAGCCCCUUUUGAAGCGUCGAUUCUUCCAUCGAAGCGGCAGCCUCGUUGUGUAUCCGGCCCAAUCAAACAUUACUGGAAUCCGUCAUUCCUUAGAAUGGAUUUUGAGAGCUCAAAAGUUCAACUGGCAAGUGCUACUUGACGUCUCCACCUUUCUACCUACGAGUCAGUUAGAUUUGUCACACUAUCAGCCAGAUUUUGUGGUUGGAUCGUUCGAAAACAUGGUAGAAUAUCCAUCCGGCAUGGGGUAUGUACUCGUCAAGAGAUCAAGUUUCUGUGUUUCUGUUUACCGAUUCCCGGAAGCAGACUCCACCAUCACACUCAUUCCAAAGGCACCGGAAUGGCGAGGAGAAGACUACCACAUUGUCUGCGAAGAUGAAAGCCCGCCGCUGCUGUUAUUCGCCAGCAUCAAUUUUGGCCUCCAGCACUUGCAAACACUUGGACUCGGCUUAAUCGAUCAGCGUGUGAAGGUCCUGGUACAUUGGAUAGUUCACAACCUGAAGUCGCUGCGACAUGAGGACGAGUUUUGGCACUUGGUAAAUGUAUACAGCCCCUUCACGGAAAAAAAUCGUGGCAACAUCAUCUCGUUCAAUGUGCUUGAAAACAGCGGAGAGCAUGUCAAACCAACGUUAGUGAAAAAAUUAGCGGCCAAGUACCGAAUCGCUCUUGGAGUUGCGACAUGCAUCAACCCGGGUGUGGCAAAUCUCCUCGGCUCUCCGAAAGAGAGGAAGAGGAACCUUGGAGUCUUCAGUGAGCGAUACUCUUCAAGAUUCACGUGCGUUCAAGUAUCCUUAGGCCCUAUCUCCAACUUUGAGGAUGCUUACAGGCUCGUGCAGUUCUUAUUGCAGUUCAGGAACCCUGAAUUUGUGCCCACACAAUUGACAAAGCUAAAAGAACAGACGCUCUCUGUACAAACGGCUCUGAGACGCCAAUCAAUAUGAGUGUUUGCUGCCAUCAAAACUC